GUACAAAUGCGAGUGCGAGCCGGGCUGGGCUGGCACCAACUGCGACCUGAACAAGAACGAGUGUGAGUCCAACCCCUGCCAGUUCGGGGGCACCUGCACCGACUACGUCAACGGCUACCGCUGCAAGUGCAAGGAGGGCUUCCAGGGGACCUACUGCCAGACAAACAUCAACGACUGCAUCUCCAGCCCCUGCCUCAACCAGGGCACCUGCAUCGACGCCAUCGCCAGCUACACCUGCCUCUGUGACCUGCCCUACACAGGCCGCAACUGCGAGAACGUGCUGACACCCUGCUCCCCUAACCCCUGUGAGAAUGGGGGGGUCUGCGACCACACGCCCGACUACGAGGGCUUCACCUGCAGCUGCCCCCCAGGCUGGCAAGGUCAGAGAUGCCACGUGGAUGUGAACGAGUGUGACCGGACCCCCUGCCGGAACCGGGGCACCUGCACCAACCUGCACGGCGGGUACAGCUGCGCCUGCCGGCCGGGGUACACAGGCACCAACUGUGAGACAGACAUUGACGACUGCGCCCCCAGUGAGUGCGGGGGAAGAGUUCACGCGCACUCGUCGGG